AUGUAGCCCUACAGAGUUCCUGAAUCAACUAGAAGAUUUCUUGUUCUCGGAAGAACGCGAAACCCAUAUUCACUCGAUCAAAUAUUGGCUUCAGAAAGUUUGCGAUAUCUGCUGGAAAGAGAGUAUGAAAAUAGCAAUGGACUGGAGGAAAACGAAGACAUUGAAUUCAAAUUUUCAGCAGUAGCUUUGAAGGAGAUAGAUCAUCGAAUACAGAAGAAGGGAGAAAAGAUUUUGCAGUUGGGCCUGGUUGGCAUUGCACGACGAGAAGACUUGGAUAUGAAUGUCGAAAAUGAAUCUUUAAGUAGCAAAUUGGACUGGAUUGAGAAUACUAUCAGAGCUCAAAAAAAGGAACUAUCCAAAGCAAAGCACUACAUGACAAGUGUGCGACAAGAACUAGCGAAUGACAAUAUUGACGGCUUUGAGGAAAUAUACAAGACAAUGAACGUUAUGGUUGAGUUGAUAUCAGAUGUCAUCUUGAGCAAGGAGCUGCACAGAUUUGAUGUAUUCGAAAAAUAUAUGGAAACGCUAACAACGUCGUUAACAUUGAAACUGAGUGUAUUGGAUGCUACCAUUCAUCUGAAAACAUACGAUAAAGACACAGUGCGGGCACUACAAGUCAUCAGAUCAUCGUUGGAAACACAGCACAGUGAAAUUAAAGCAAAGAUAGAUGAGAUUGAAAGUAAGAUGGAGGCAUAUCAUUCACAGGGACCAGAUUUUAAAGAGAUAGCUAUUGCAUACGCCCAAGUGAUUUCCAAGAUCAAAGAUACAAAAGAACAUAUAGCACGAAUAAACAAUCCAUACUGAAAGAAACAAUCUACUCCCA